AGACGGUUCUUGGAGUGCUGGUAAAGUCAAGCAAAAAUAAGGCGCUACUUUAUCCGUAUAGCUGGGGGAAAGUCAACAAUGGCCUCUGCAAGGAAGGUAACUGAGAAGCGGCAUAACCCAGUGGAAAGCAUUUGUAGAAAGAUCAGAGCUAUCCACAAGAGAGAAGCCAUUUCGAAUCCAAUUCAGCAGAUUAUCAAAUACCAGUCUAGCAGUUUUGAUAGCCCACAGACCAACACCAAGAGAGAUUUUGAAGCGAUACUGAGGAAAAUGACUGCUGCUUGUGUUCUUACGCCUGACUCUCGUUGCUCAAGUUCUGAGGAAGUCCAUGCCUUCAUUUCAUCUCCUCAAAUAAUAUCUCCAAGAACCCCAUCCACUUCUCACCUCAGCUCUUCUGAGACUGCAACAUACUCUUUUAUUCUCACAAGUUCCGAAAACGCCUCAAAGCCGAAGUCACAGAGCAACAAAAAUUGCACAUCUUUGAUGUCCCAGAUCAGAAAAGGGGAGUUUUUCUUUAACAAGGAUUUGAAUAACUAUUGUUGUGAAAAUAAUUUCAGUACCUUAACACUUGACUUUAAUUACACCUUUGGUCAAAGCUCAGAGUGUUUUGAUCCUCAGGAUUCAGUGGUAAAAAAGUUAUCUCUGAAUGAAGAUGAAUGGAAACAAGGAGCUGAUGAUGGUAAAGAAGAUGUAAGACACAGCAUCAACAGGGCCUGUGAAGAGGAGGCACUCACAAGUCUUUUUAAUGCAUGUGACAGAAAACAGAAAGGCUCAGUAGGAGCGGCCAAAAUAAUCAGUUUACUGAGACAAACAACUAGCCAAAAUGCUGAAGACAGUAGCCUUGAGCAGUUGUGGAACAUGCUUGAUCCUGAGAAGAGAGACCCACAUGUGGACCUGGAAACUUUCCAGGCCAUGAUGAAAGAAUGGAUGGCUUACUGUGGAAACAAAUGGAAUGGAGUGAAUCAUAGAUUAAGCGGCACCAUUGAUGAUUCUGCUUUUGAACAGGACGGCAUAAUAUCAGAUGGAACAAUGAAGAUGAGCACAGAUGUAACAAAUUCUACGUCGGGGAGUUUCGAGGCUUUUGGUGGAGAUACAUCUAAAGGAGUCUUAGAAGUGUCUGAUUUGAUUGCCUAUGUAGCAGACCUCCAUUUCAACAAGCAAAAACUGGAAGAGGAAAAUAGUAAGUUUAAAUUGGCUUUAGAAACUUUGGAAGAAACGAACAGCCAGUUAUCAGAGGACUGUACCAAACUGCGCCAUCAGGUAAAAAGUGCCCACCAGGCUAUUAUGAGAACAAAUCUGUUAAAAGAAGAACUGGAGGAACUGAAACUUAGUAUGAAUGCUUCAGAAGAGCAGAAGAGCAUGAUUGUAGCCCAGAGCAAACAAUUAGAGACAGAAAACCGGGCUCUGAUUCUUAAGAUUCGGAUUCUACAGGAAGAGAAUAUCAAGAACAUCAUGGAUAUAGACAGAUUGGAAAAGAAGAUUGAGGAAUUGUCUAAAACGGAGACAGAGCACCAAAUGCAGUUACACACAUAUGAGAAUACUUUGCUUAAUAAAGAUACAAGUUUGCAGAAGAAAGGCUUAUAUAUAGAAGAGCUUAAAUCAACCAUCAUGGAAUAUGGAAGCAUUAUAGAGAAUUUACGAGGAGAUAAAAAUAAACUGGCUCAUGAGUUACAGCACUUGCAACAGGACCUCAUCAGAAAUGGGAUCCAGUUGAAUGUUAGUGGAGAGCAUAAUAGUAUCAUCUCUGAAGGAGACAAGUCUUUACAUUACGAACUCACUCUUGCUCAGUCUGCAGAGAACAAUGAAACUGAAAGGCAGCACAAUGUAAUCAACUUGUCAUCUCUGGAUGCCAUGGUGGAUCAAGAAAUGCUGCUGUUACUAAGAGAGCCUGAGCCAAAAGGAGUGGAAUUCACAGCCACGCUUCAGAAGCUGCAUGAAGAAAUUUCUAAAAUUGCAACCCUCAUUGAAAGCUCUCAAUGGUGGGUAACUAAUCCAGAAAUUACUGUGAACGAAAAGUGGGAGGAACAGCUUACUGAAUUCAAGCAUAUCAUGGAAGAGAAACUAAAUCUUUGUAUUUUAAUGCUGAACAUCUUGGGAAACCACAAAGAGUCUCUUGAUAAAGAAUUUGACAAGUUAAUAGAGAUUUUGAAGAGAUUCAGACAGGAAUAUUUUUAUUUCAGAAAAGAAUUUCUUGCCAGUCAGAAACAACUAGAAGCCAUUAAACAACUGCAAGAAGAUGCUGUGAAGCAGGAAGGCAUCCUUAGAAAGAGGCUCCAAGAAGCCAGCCAAUGGCUGGAGGAUGCGGAGAAGCAGGUAGGGUGGCUCAUGGCUACGUUAGAUUCACGGGACGUCUCCUCAGAUGCCCUGAAAACCAUGAAAUGAAAACGCAGGAGGAACAACAGCAACAAACAACAAAAAGCAAAGAGGAACUGCAAGUUCAGUCCCUAGCCACUAGCAGUGAGCAGAGGAAGUAAAGGGGGAGUUGUAAGAGAGGCGGUGUCAACAGCCUGCUGAUGAAAGAGGCGACUCUGCAGAAAGAGGCAACUUGACAUAUCAGGACUUUAACCGCUGUAGAAAUAGCUCAGGCAUACCAAGCCCAUGCAAACACAGAAUUGCAGAAGUUCAGGAGAGGCUUAUCACUUCCCUGAGAAGAAAAACACAUUUUCAGUUUUGCCUACAUCAUAAGAGUGAGCACUCAGUUGCUUUCUUUCCUGGCCACACUGCUAGAAUCCAGUAUUAACUAUCCAUAUCCAGGUUAAGGAUCGAGAGCGAGAAGCCCACUCUGCCAGUGAAAAAGCUACGUCUUUACGGCAUAAAUUAGAGGAAGCAAUUUGGGAACAACGGAACCUUCAAACUAUAAAUACUGAGUUAUCGAACACUUGCCAGACACUUCAGCAGAAGACAAGGAAACUGAAAAAGCUUUUUAGAUGAGGAAUUUCCUCACUAUGAUUCCCUCUCCUGCAAAAAUGCAAUUCAACAGCCUCUUCAAGAAAAACUGAAGCGGUGUUGCCACAAACUGUAUGGUGGUCAAGAAGCAAGAAUACAUCAGACACCCCUGACCUUGAAACAUACAUGCUGGUAUACGCCUCUGCUGGAUGCCUUAUCUCUGGAUAGUUUUACAGCAUUUCCAACUCUGGAAUCAACACCCUUCUCAGGUGUAGCCAACCGAAUCCAUGCUUUGUGUGAAAGGCCCACAUACGGAGAAGUAAAGGACUGUGCUUUGGAUGUAACAAGACAACACAAGUGCCCAGGCCCCACAAGUGGCCCCAACCAAGGAACAAAUCUCUCAGGCUGCAUCAGGAUGAAUGAUGAGCCGAGUAUGGAAGAGAAUGGUGUUGAACGCGUGUGUUCUGAGAGCCUGCUGCAGUCCAGGGAACAUUCAUCACUACCGUUACCCAGACCCACUUCAUCGACAGACAGUACUAUAACUUCAAGUGAUCCUGGAUUAGAAAUUCUGAAUAUGGCUACUUGUGACCUUGACAGUAAGAAAGAGGAGGAUACAAGAUCAGCUUCUCCGAUGAUAAAGGCCCAAGGCACAAGUCCAGCUCAUGAUAUUACUGCAUUCCAAGACUCUACGAGUAAGGAUAAAACCGUAUUAAAUCUGGAAGCCAAAGAGAAACCAGAAACAAUA